AUGGAUAAGGCACUGCUGCAGGUGGCCGAGGGAGAAGAUCAGAGAACAUGGGAAAACAAAUGGAGUACUACCUUUGUCAAGGAGCUGAAGAAGGUGAGUUACAUGGCGGCGCCGAUGGUAGCGGUGUCGGUGUCGGAGUAUCUUUUGCAGGUGAUAUCGUUGAUGAUGGUGGGUUACAUUGGUGAACUUGCUCUUUCUGGGGUUGCCAUUGCCACCUCCUUCACUAAUGUCACUGGCUUCAGUUUACUUUUUGGAUUGGCUGGUGCAUUGGAAACUCUAGGUGGUCAAGCUUAUGGAGCAAAGAAAUAUCAAAAGCUUGGAAGCUACACAUACUGUUCAAUACUAUCUCUCCUCACAAUUUGCUUUCCAGUGUCCCUCCUCUGGAUAUUUAUGGACAAACUAUUAACAUUGAUGGGUCAAGACCCUCAAAUUUCAGAGGUAGCAAGCAUAUACUCUAUCUGGCUGAUCCCUGCAUUGUUUGCUGACGCUGUUCUUCAGUCAUUGGUUCGCUACUUUCAGUCCCAGGGCCAAAUUCUUCCAUUGUUUUUGAGUUCUUGUGGAACUAUAUGUCUCCAUGUACCUCUCUGUUGGGCUCUAGUGCAUAAAAUAAAUUUGGGUUAUAUAGGGGCAGCACUAGCAAUCAUAGUUGCGUUGUGGUUUAAUGUGAUCUUGCUGGGGUUGUACAUGAGAUGCUCUUCUAGUUGUGAGUCGACUCGGAUCCUUAUCCUGAAGGACAUUUUCAUAAGCAUCAAGGAGUUCUUAAGCUUUGCACUCCCUUCUGCUGUAAUGAUUUGUCUUGAAUGGUGGUCAUUUGAGCUUCUUGUACUUCUAUCUGGACUUUUACCGAAUUCAGAACUCGAAACAUCAGUUCUUUCUAUAUGCCUUUCAACCACAUCAUUACACUACUUCAUACCGUAUGGAGUUGGUGCUGCCGUAAGCACUCGAGUUUCAAAUGAACUAGGGGCAGGAAAACCACAGGCAGCUCGAGUAGCUGUCAAUGUGGUAAUGGUACUAGGAGUUUCGGAGGCAAUGAUUGUGAGCAUUACUCUCUUCAGCUGCCGCUAUGUUUUUGGAUAUGUAUACAGUAACGAAAAGGACGUUAUUGAUUAUGUUGGACAAAUGAUUCCCCUAAUUUCUCUAUCCGUCAUUGUCGACAGUUUACUUGCAGUUCUUUCUGGUGUUGCCAGAGGAACCGGGUGGCAGCACAUUGGGGCCUAUGUGAACCUUGGGGCAUACUACCUUGUUGGAAUUCCAGUUGCUGCUCUGUUGUGUUUUGUUCUACAUUUUAGGGGACAGGGACUCUGGAUUGGAAUAUUGACAGGAUCCUCUUUACAAUUACUUCUGCUAGCUCUAGUUACUAGCUUCACGAAUUGGCAAAAACAGGCAACCAAGGCACGAGAGAGAAUGCUUGAUGGAAGCUCAAUUGUUAGGAUUCUUGCGACAAAGAAAAAGAAAAAGAUCAAGCGUGUCAGCUUUCCAUCGGUGACCGCACUGCCAACAUCUCUAAUAGUCAUUGAUCGCCAUCCUAACAGCUACCAAUAG